GUGACAGCACACCUCAGUGAGCCCAGCAGAGACUUCACUUGGAGAAGCAAAGCAGUCUCAGUCCUGCAACCUAGCUUCUGAUACAUUAUCAGGAUUCCUCCACUCUGCUGAAUCACCAUGUGUCCAAAUGAGGAGCUCGAGUGUGUCGUGUGCUGUAACGAGUACUCGCGCAGCGACCGGAUCCCGAGGGUCCUCCACUGCAACCACACCUUCUGCGCCCCUUGCCUGGAAACAAUGUCCAAGCUGGAGGGCAUCAUUUACACCGUCUCCUGCCCCCUGUGCCGCUGGAUUACCUGCACCCGAGCCAGCCUGACCCUACCUGGAGCCCUGUGGGUCAACACAGAGAUCUGGGAUCAGAUUGCAGAGGAGCACAGGACGAAAGCGGAUCAGUCAGUGGAGGAUUUGAAAGACACAAAGACCCUGCUCAUCACGCCAAAUGUACCCGUUUCAAGGCGGUCUGGUUUCCCUUCAGCGCUCCAAAAGUUGCUCAGCUGUGUGCUGCUGCAAAGAGGGAACAUGGACGGGUGCUGACAGUUUAAUGCCUCAAGAAAUUCCAGGGGCACUUGCCGUUGUUAUCAUGUCUAACUUGACAGACCUGAUGAAUAUGUGCAUGACUCAGUGACCAUUGCAUGAUCACAGUUACAUGUAACGAACAGGCUGCAUUUGUGUGUUGCGAGAAGCAAAAGAAUGAUCGGCUUCGUGUGAAGUUUUAAGUCCUUUUUGAGUUGAGCCCGGAGGUGGCUCUAAAAGGACGGCACUGACUUUAAAUCUACAAGUUCUGACCUGUGAAUCUGUGAUUUACUACAGUGAAACUAAUGAAAGAUAGAAACAAAUCAACUCUUACUUCAUCUUCAGAUCUUUUCAAUGCCAUCUCGAAAUAAAUAAUUCAGUAGUAACAGGGCUGCUGUGAAUGUUUAUUAUAUAUAUAUAUAUAUAAUAAUUAUAUAUUAUAUAAUUGUAUAUAUUGUAUAGUUGUAAUGUGUUGUUAACUGGUUGGUCACUUUGCAUUUUGGUACAUCUGUAAGAAAAUCAGAUCUGAUGUGCAUUUGAAGUCUGUAACUCUGUAUCACUGAUAUGAAGGAUUCAUAUCAUCAAAGCUACUCUAAAUUUAUAAAGUUGUAUAACGUGAGUCUAAAUGGAAUCAUAACUGUGAACUGUCUCUAAGUUGUCUGUGUUACAGACAAUUGUGCACAUUUCGAAGCUAUUUAACAAACGUCAUCUGUGAAUAAAUGCUCUUGUAUUUAAACAUGGAAACCGUUUUAUUAAAAGUUGUUCAAAAGUG